UUUAUACUAUGGGCACUACGGCUCCCGUUGUGAUAACACCGUCGUCAGAAGGUUGCUUAUCUCCUGCUCCCGAUCCAUACAAAUCCAUGAUGCAUUUUACUCAUGUUUUGACGAUUCCUUUGUAUCUCACUGCAAUAUAUGCUCUAAUAAACAAUUGCCCAAAAACUCUGAAAGAAUACCGGAAAUAUCUUUUAUGGCAUACAUUGGGAAAUCUUUUAUUCGAACUCUACAUUUCUUUGUUCAUGCUUCCGGUAACCUACCUACCAUAUCCAGUUUUUCGUGGAGCCGGAUUUUUGAAAUAUCUAGAUAUCAGUGGGCUCAUUCAAUUUUAUCUGCUUGUUAUAUGUUUGAUACACACAGGAUUAUCGAUUCUCGAGAUGUUCAAGUAUCGUUUCAAUUCGACAAUUAGCGAUGAUACGUUGAACAAGAAAGUUCUGAAUUAUAUCGUGAUGUUUUUCUGGGUGAUUGUGAUUAUUAUUCCAGUGUUCUGUUUUGCAACUCUUCCCAGAUGUCAUCCAAAGCAAGAUCAUUAUAAACAAGAUUUAUAUGAUAAAAAUCCUGGAAUAUCUAUCCACGUGUUAUGCAAUACCGUUGUGACUGCACCACCUCUUAUUGACCCAGUAUUCACUCCACUUAUGACACUUAUUAUGAUGGCAAUGCUCCUUGCUGCAACCAUAAUCCCACAAACAUUUUUAACAAUCUGGAAGAAACUUGACCAACUUUCGAAACACUUAUCCAAAAAGACCAUACAACUGCAGAAAAUGUUGCUGACUAGUUUGUUCAUUCAAGCCGUCAUUCAUGGAGUUAUGCUAGGUGCACCACUAAUUGGAUUUAUCUACGCAGUUGUAUUUGUACUGCCAUAUAAUUACAUUGCCUACAUGCUUCUUCUACUUAUAUCCUUUCAUGGUUCAUUUUCGACAAUUGCAAUGAUAGCUUUUACUAAACCAAUUCGUGAAGGAGUCAAGUCCCUGUUUCAGUCGCUAUUCCCAUUUUUAAUACUUUCGGAACCUCGAACUGAAAAGAUCAUGGUAGUUACAUCGACAACGUCAGCUUCCACAAAACAAAGGGAUAGCAUUUUCAUGUCUAAUAAAAAUAGUUUUCUCAGUGUCUAAUAAAUUGACUCUCCAAAAAAUCAUUU